AUGAUUUUGAUGUAUCCUAAACGAGUGAAUACUUUGCUAUCGCGUGAAAUGAAGACCUUUGUCAAAACAGCAGCCUGUUUUCCGCACCGCAUUACCGAUGACAUGCGUUUAUCUGUGAUGAAGGAUUUCAAAAUGUCUGAAAAGAUCCACGUGAUGCUGCUGAUAAUGGAAGCUCGCCUGCAGGCCUCACUAUUGUAUUUCACUCGAGCUCUCACUAAUCACUACUCACAAGCGAAGAGAGCCACUCAACCAAAGCGCUUGGAUUAG